AUGUCUAAGGUGUGCUGCUACACCACGGGCAUAUGUCAAUGUUCUCUUCCAAUCUCUAAGUUGACAACCAAGAUUGUAGACUUAUGUGGGAGCCAAAAUGAAAACAUUUUCAUCAUCAAGAUUUGUUCUUCAGGCGCGUGCGCAGGCGACGUGCAGAGGGAGGAGGCAGACUGGCCCAGUAGCAGCCCGGUUUGCUGCUGGUCUUCUUAUUUACCCUGUCUCCAUUCCCGCACUGCAUCCACCACCGUCGCUGCCGCCACGGGAGUGCAGUUCGUGACCAUCUCCCCCGGAGACGGACGCCGCAGGAUCUUCGUGGUGCACUACACCUGGAAGCUGGAAGAUGAAAAGAAAUUUGAAACAAGCCCUUUUAAGUGUGUGCUAGGCAAGCGGAAAGUGAUAGGAGGCUGGGAAGAAGGGGUGGCCCAGAUGAGUGUGGGUCAGAGAGCCAAACUGACUCUCUCUCCAGACUAUGCUUAUGAGGUCACCGGUCACCCUGGCAUCAUCCCACCAAACGCCACUCUGGUCUUUGAUGUGGAGCUUCUAGGACUGGAAUGACAGAAAUGGCCUCCUCCCUUAGCUCCCUGUUUGUGGAUCUGCCAUGGAAGGAUCUGGUGCCUCCAGACACUGCACACGAGUCCAUACGGAGCUCUUCCUGACCCCCCACUCCACCCUAUAAACAUCUGCCCCGACUGAACGUGUUCUGUUACUCGGCUUUGCUUCUGCAACCUUUUCUUCCUCCUCUUCCUCCU